CUCACGAAAUGCAAUUUGACCAAACAGCGCCUACUCAAUGCCGCUGCAGCUGCUACUGCCACCAAUUGUCAUCAAUGGCAACAAAAUCUCGAUAGCCUCACCCGUCGUUGUAAUGAGGAAGAAAAGAACAGAUUUGAUAAUAGUGACAGUAGUGCUGAUAACGAUGAUGGUAACAAUUGUUUCGGCGAUUGUAAAAAGGGCGGCGUCUUGGGUGGUGGCUACUUGCUUGGUCUAAUCGCAUUCGCACGUAAAUUAGCACGUUGCAUACUAACCGUAUCAAUACUAUGCUGCAUUGUCUUUUUAACAUUUUAUUUUUGCUCCAUGUCCCGAGAACAGGUAUAUUCACCGAAUGCAUUGGUAACCACCCAGUCAGCAACAGAAUUCGGAUAUUAUGCGGUAACGCCAUACAAUUGGGACACAACUUAAAUGACUUAAUCCAAGCAAAUCUAAACCAGACACAACAACCAAUGAAAACGCUAGUAAAACCCCAAGAGCAACAAAUUGAAAGGAAAUAUAAAACACUUUUUAAAAUAAGGCUCACUUCAUAUGCAUGUGUAUGUGAAUGUUCUUGAAAAAAAAACAAAAACAAUUAUAGUUUUCUUCAACAUUCUUUUCUUUUUUUUUUUUUUUGCGCCUUAUCCUUUCCCAUUCACUAGCUCUAUGCGUCAAUACGGUACAUUUCCAAAUGUAAGCAAUAUCAUCAUCACAUAUAUUAGUCACUGUUUGAGUUCAUGUUAAAAUUUUGUUGAAGCAAAAAAAAAAAAUAAACAUAUAUACAUAUACAUAUAUAUAUAUACAUAAAUAUAUAUGUAUAUACAUAUACAUCAUUUAAUAAAUUUUAUUUGAGACAUGGUCAUCCAAAGUAAUUUGUCAGUUUUGAUAGUGCCUAAAGCAGGUGAAAAUAAUAAUAAUAAUAAUAAUAUUUUUGACAGAAUAUGAUAAACGCGCAUAAUUUAAGUUUAGUAAAUUUAUUUAUAAAACAUCUUGAAAAACAAAAAAGG